AGAACGUAAGAAGCUUAUACGAAAGAAAGAUCUUUUGUUGGGAUUGAAAAGGAAGAGAGCAUUGAAUAUGGUUUGUUUUGCCGGAGAUGAAAUUGGUACAUACGGCCGUCGCUUUGGUAAACAACAAACAGAUACUUCUCAGUACUUUGUUUGACACUCUAUUCCGCACUGUUUUCUUCCCUGUACAUCACCUAUUCUGGACGAUUACUCUCUCUUUCUCUCCCUGUUCUUUCUGUGGAAGCAGGGAGCUUAAGGGCAUGUGGCUUUGGAACUGUGCAUAUCAGCUCACGGCAGAACACAGGGAGUGGUGCAUGCAUCAGCUUGAAGAUAACUCUCUUCUUUGUCGCGCCCGUUGUUUCUUCCGUCGAGCACUUGUUGAAAUGGCAGCAGCAUCGAGCCAUCCAUUGCACUCAGAGCAACAGGAUUCAACUCAUUCUGAUAAGAUCCAAUUCUUGAAUGCUACCCGAGUUUGUUUGAUUCAGAUCUCUGUUCUAUCAUUCUUUGCCGAGUUAUCAGAAAAUAGAGGUUUCUCUUUUACUAAUUUACAUAAUAUUGAGAUUUGAACUUAGGAUCUUAGAGUAAACUAUCAUUAUCUUUACUAGUUGACACAUCCAAAAAAAAUUACAUAAACAAAAGAUAUCAAUUAAUUUAGCGAGUAAAGAUCUUAGUAAUUUAUCUUUUUAAGUCUUAAGUUCUAAUCCUAUGUUCAUCAUUAACAUUUUAUAAAAAGAUAAUAUUAUGUAAAUAAGUCACAAAACAACCUAUCUUCACUCAUAAUUUUCUCAUUAUCUGAUGGUCAACAUUAACAUCCUGGAUUUUUUUUUUUUUUUUGGAUUGGUGCACAAUCUCACUAAAUAUAGGAUACCACAUUAUGGUAGGAUAAAUCAUUAUAAUGAACUAUGGAAUAUAUGAUGUGUUUAUUCGCGACAUGAUGAUGUAUGUUUUUGUUUGCUUAAUAUAAGUUAAUUCUUAAAAAACAUAUGUUGUCUAUAUUACCCCAUUACGGUAUUAUCCGUUAGUAGCGGAAUAGAAAAUACAUACUCUUUGUCAAAAAACAAAAAAAAUCUAUAGAUAUAGGAGACAUGAACAUGGAGGGAGGCAACCCAAGAGGAGGCCUCCUACCAAAAAUAAAUAACAGGACCGGGUUCACAAGAGAAACGGCUCCAUGUUUCCAUUUUAGGCUGCCUUCCUUCCCUCCUUGUCCCCAAUUUAAAUUUCGAAUAAAUAAAUAGAAAACGAACACACACACGAAGCUGUUCUCCGCCUCUCUCGCCAUCUCUCCUUCUCUCUCCUCCGAGUUUGGGACAUCCACAUCUCUCCAUCGAUCCACCACACAUCUCUCUCUCUCUCUCUUCGACUGUUGAUUCAUUUAAUUCCAUCGAACCUCUGCGUCGUCGGGAGAGGAAAUUUUGGGUUCUCCCGAGGGGCGUCCUCCGGGAAUGGGCUGCCUGUUUCGAUGCUUUCGACCCGAAGGUAGUAACAGACGUAGAAGGGAUCGGCCGGUUCCCAGGUCGCGUCCUUCUACAAGCAAGAUUAAUCAGGGAUCUUUGGUGUCGAAGAGGCAGCUUGAGUCCUUUUUCGUAAAUGAGGAUCAUGGUUCUCUUUCCAAGCAAGUCUCCAAGUCAAGUGCAAAGGACAACGUUAAUAAAGAUGGCUCAUACGGGGAACUUAAACACGAGCCUGAUUUCUUAAAGUUUUCUGGUGCUCUUCUGCGAACUCCAGAAGAAAUUCAAAAAGCAUCACGAAUUGAAACCGCUCAAGCUCCUGCUAAGGAAGGUCUAUCUUCCAAUCAUGUCUCAAAACUUCCCGGUGCUUCUUGUAAGGAACUUCUCUGUGAUGAAAAAUAUAAGGGUUCCAGAUGUCCGUCACAGGAGCAAGAGAAUGCUGGUAUUUCACAAAGCAAUACUGAGUGCUUUACAUUCAAGGGCCACCAAACUCCACAGUGCUGCGAAUAUUCUUUACCUUCAGUAAAUCAGAAUUUUGAAAGUGUACAAAAUGAAUAUACUGUUGAACCAAAAUUGGACGGUCAUACCGCAGACAUCCUUCCAUCUCAGCAUGAGUCAUGUAAUCAGCCAUUUGCUUCAAAAAAUUUACUUUUCCCUACUCCAGUGGAAGUGACUGAUGAGAUGGAGACUUCUGCAACUGUUUAUCCGACCAAUCUAGAGAACACUAAAAAUGAGAAAAAUACUAGGAUUGGAACACAGUAUAUAUUUCCAAUUCUCAAUCCUGUGGAAAAUCUUUCCAGGCAGAAAUUAUUGAAUGAAGAUUCAUCAGAACCAUUACAAUCAUAUGACAGUUCUGAUCAUAAAACAAAUAAUAUUCCUGAUGCUGGAGAGAAGAUUCAACAGAUGUCACUUGUAACAGAUCCCGAGGAAGCUGAAUUGUCUGGCACCCCGAGGUACACAUCUCCAAGCAGAUUGGAGACACCCAGAGAUAAGACACUAUUGAGACCAGAGUACCCAGAUUUAGUAACCACAAGCUUAUCUCAAUGGUUGAAACCUCCUAUCGCUAAAGAUGAACACAAUGAGAUUAAGGAAAAAUCCCACUCAGGAAAGAGUUCUUAUGAAGACAGGCCUAUCCUUGGCAUGGUUGCAGCACACUGGAAAGAGGAAGAACCUGGACAUAAAUCACCAAAAGAGUGGGAUGGAAAUGGAAUUCCAAACUCAACAAACAAGUACAAAGAGGAUCAGAAAGUGAGCUGGCAUGCAACACCAUUCGAAGAAAGACUAGAGAAGGCACUCUCUGAUGAAAAUUCCUUGCCAAAAAGGAAGUUUGUACCUGGAAAGCGAGUAGAGUUUGAGGAUGAACUAAGUGAUACAGCAGCAUCUUAGAACAAUCCAGAUAUUCUUUUUUGAGGGAACAAUCAAACUUCUCUCUCUGUACACUUGUUUGAUUUCAAUCUCCAUGAAGAAUUUUCUGCACUCCUGGAUUUGAAGUGAUGGUACUUUCCCAGAUUAUUCUUUUUUCCUGCUGGUGAGACCUACAUGAAUUGCAGCAUCUCAUCUCAAUCCCAUCAAUUGCUUGCCUUGUACACAAAAAAAAUUGUAAGCCAUGAUGUAAAUGUGGAUCCUCUCUACUUAUUAGAAGAGGCGUGCAUGUAUAUUUUCAAUGAUUAAUAUUAGAAUUUUUUUUAUAGUAAAUACCACAG